GGGCCCCUCCCCACUGCUGUCGUUCAUUCAAAUAGUGAGUUGGCCGCUGGAUCAAGUUUACUCUUCUGAGGAGCUUCUGGAGCAAAUACUGUGAGAGGAGCGACUCGAUCUGAUUGAUUAUCUCCUGCAGAACCUGUGUGUGUUCAGAGGAAGAGCUCUGCUGACCCGCUGGACUCUGGGCUUCACUGACACCUGCACCAUGAGGAAGGGCUCCUGCUGCAUGUUCACGUCUGGAGUCAUCGGCGCUGUUCUCCUGAUCAUGGGAACUGGAUUCUUUGUGUCCGGAUUUUUCAAGACCUUGAUCUACAACAAGCUGAAGGGGGAGAUCACGCUGACGGAAGGCAGUAAAAUUUUCGCCACGUGGAAGAAUCCACCGACUCCGGUCUACAUUCAGUUCUUCAUCUUCAAUGUCACCAACCCUGACGAGUUCCUGAAAGGAGAAGCCAAACCUCAUGUUACUACAAUGGGGCCGUACACCUACAGAGAGUUCAGGCCCAAACACAACGUGUCAUUCGUUCACAGCGGGACGAAGGUUGCCGCUUACACAAAAAAGAUUUUCGUCUUUGAGCCUGAGAAAUCAGUUGGAGACCCAAAAAUAGAUCUGGUGACGACGGUGAACAUCCCAGCGGUGGCUGUGAUGAAUCGGUUGAAAGGUGCAGGAUUCUGGGUCUCCUCGGGAAUCUCCAUGUACAUGAACUCCAUCGGCACCACAAUGUUCAUGACACACACGGUGCAGGAGCUGCUCUGGGGCUUCAAAGACCCCUUACUCACCCGACUGAAAACCGUAAAACCAGAAACGGAUGAAUACUUCGGUCUCAUGCUGCAUGUGAGUCUCAGAUCAGACGCGUAUCUGUGGAUCCUUCUGCAGUAACAUGUUACACACACGCACACGCACACACACACACACACACACACACGAGGAGACGUCACUCU